CAUGGUGCCUUGUAAAUGAAAGGCAGGGCUUGUUUAUAUUGUGGAUUAGGCAGUGGCACGCUAUGGGCAAUUUGAGCCCAGGAUUAUAGAAGAAAUAGUUCAGGGAAAAGGGAAAGGAAGUCCAGAGAGAGAGGCUGAGGGGAGAGCAAGAUGGUUCUCUCCUGGCUCCUCACCCUGAGUGUCCUGCUGCACAUUAAUAUGGUGGCUCUGGUACCGCUGCCGGAAGAACCCACAUACCUGACCCACGGGGACGUACCAGCAGCUCCAGAGCUUUCUGAACUCACCCUGGAGAUUACACAAGUUACAGAACACGACCAGAUAAAGAAAUAUCUAGAUCUGUUCUACAGAGGGGUUGCAGCCAUCGGAAGAAAGGCAUCUUCAGUUGCAGAAAAGAUAAAGGCCAUGCAAAAGUUCCUUGGCUUGGAAGUCACUGGGAAAAUUGAUUCCAAUACCAUGACGGUUAUACAGAAACCCAGAUGUGGGGUCCCAGACGUUGAGAGAUUUAGCCAUUUUGCUGGAAAUCCAAAGUGGGGGAAAACAACAGUAACCUACAGAAUUCUCAACUACACGCCGGAUAUCACAAAAUCAGAAGUAGACUAUGCCAUUGCCCAAGCGUUCAGAGUCUGGAGCGACGUUACCCCUUUAAAUUUCCAGAAGCUGAAUAGUGGGGAUGCUGAUAUCAUGAUCUCUUUUAACACUAGAGCUCAUGGGGAUUUUGAUUCAUUCGACGGCCCAAAUGGAGUCCUGGCCCACGCCUAUGCCCCCAGCGAUGGCAUUGGGGGAGAUGCCCAUUUUGAUGAGGAUGAACAAUGGACAUUGGGACCUACAGGUGCUAAUCUUUUUCACGUUGCUGCUCAUGAGUUCGGCCAUUCGCUUGGGAUGUCUCAUUCCACUGACACCAACGCUCUGAUGUAUCCAACGGUCUCAUUCGGUGUAACCAUUGACCCGGCUCAGUAUAAGCUUUCUGCGGAUGACAUCGCAGGCAUCCAGACUUUAUAUGGAAAAGGAAAUCCCAGUCAAGUACCCGUGGGCAAGCCCAAUCCAGCGCCGCCCCCAAAGAACCAGCCGAACAAGUGUGACCCCAACCUAACGUUUGAUGCCGUUACAAGCAUGAGAGGAGAUCUGCUCUUUUUCAAAGACGAGGUGUUCUGGAGAAAAAGCGCACGGUUUCCUGAGGUGGAAACUAUCCCCAUUAGUAUUAUCUGGCCGAGUGUGGGGAGAGUGGAUGCGGCUUAUGAAGUUGUAGGGAGAGACAUAGUAUAUCUAUUCAAAGGUCGGCAACACUGGGCCACAAGAGGAUGGACGAUUCUUCCAGGAUAUCCAAAGGACAUCGCCUCAUUUGGGUUUCCAAAGGAUGUAAAAAAAAUAGAUGCCGCAACCUUCAUCAGAGAAGAAAUGAAAGCCAUUUUCUUUGUCGGAGAUAGAUAUUACAGCUACAGCCACAGAACGUCCGCCAUGGAUUUCGUGAGACCUAAAAAAAUUAAAUCAGAUUUUCCUGGAAUUGGAAAGAAAGUUGAUGCAGCAUUUCAAAACGGAUAUCUCUACUUCUCUGAUGGAGCCAGACAAGCUGAAUUUGAUAACAGAGGGAAAAAGGUGGUGCGUUACCUGCAGAACUACAGAUGGAUGAGCUGCAAAUGAAACGGAUCGAGUCUCGCUGUAACAUAAUGUUUUGUAGGAACUGACUCAUAACCGUUCCUAUUAUAGAGCACCUAUACAUGUUUCUGAGGGGCCACAGAAUCCCACCCUCUCAACUGAUUCUGCCAACUGGGCGCAUUAAAUAAAAAGACAAGGUGCCUCCAUAGCUCUUGGCAGCAGGGGGAUUUGCCCGCAGACAUUGUGCCAACACACAUCAUAGAUACAUUUCCAUAAUAGCACAGUGUUGGGAUGGUUAAUUAUCAUGUAAUUUGGAUUUUCCAUUGCAGAUUAAGCCGCAAAAUCUUAUAUAAACAUAGCAGUAUCUGGUAUGAAACUCAGACGCAAUCCUUUUACCAUCAUAAGACGCGAUAGAAAUCUAUAUAACAGGAACCAAAAUUCCUAAAAGCAUUGAUGAUUCCUUAUUAUCUGCCUCCUCGGAUCUGUGUGGCCCUGGAAGUGACAGUCUCUGUAUUUGCACAGUUAUUAAAGGGGAGCUAUGCUAAUCGGAUGCUGAAUAUAAUCACAAUGUAUGGCUUCUACUGCUGAAUAAACUUCUGUGUCUGAAUGAUGCUUAAAUGGUAUUCCUUGGAAAAGCAA